AUGGAUCUUGAUCAAAUAAACUGGAGUCAGAAGUUGGCAGGAAAAAUGGUUAUUGAACAAUGGACUUCAUUCAAAGACGAACUUGUUCAGGCAAUCAAGGUAUCUUCCCUUGAAAGGGAAAGCAUCCUCUUUGCAGAUAUUGAAGGAUUCACCAGUUUGGCCUCGCAGUGCACGGCUCAGGAACUGGUCAUGACACUCAACGAACUCUUCGCCAGAUUUGACAAGCUUGCAUCGGAGAACCACUGCCUGCGUAUUAAGAUCCUGGGUGAUUGCUAUUACUGUGUUUCGGGACUACCUGAAGCUCGAGCAGAUCAUGCACACUGUUGUGUCGAAAUGGGGGUGGAUAUGAUUGAGGCCAUUUCGUUGGUCCGAGAGGUGACAGGUGUGAACGUAAACAUGCGAGUUGGGAUUCACAGCGGGCGAGUGCACUGUGGGGUCCUCGGACUCCGUAAAUGGCAAUUUGAUGUAUGGUCAAAUGAUGUCACCUUGGCUAACCAUAUGGAAGCAGGAGGCAAGGCUGGGCGAAUUCACAUCACAAAAGCCACGCUGAACUAUCUGAACGGGGAUUAUGAAGUGGAGGCAGGUUUUGGAGGCGAGCGGAACGUUUACUUGAAGGAUCACAAUAUUGAGACCUACCUCAUUGUGGGAUGUAGCCAGAAACGGAAGGACGAGAAAGCGAUGAUUGCAAAACUCAACAGGACAAGGUCUAACUCGAUAUCCAACAUUGGUUCACCUUGGAAUGUGGAGCGUCAGUUCUACAAACACAUCUCCAAGGAGAUGAAGACCAUGGGCAUUGUGGACUACAUGGGCAAGGACAACAGAAACACUCAAGAGAACAUGAACCCCGAGGAUGAGGUGGAUGAAUUCCUUAGACGAGCCAUCGAUGCGAGAAGCAUUGAUCGCCUACGUUCUGAGCAUGUGCGAAAAUUCCUGCUGACGUUCAGGAAACCUGAGCUAGAAAAGAAGUAUUCAAAGGAGGUGGAUGACCGAUUUGGAGCCUAUGUAGCCUGUUCUUGUCUUGUCUUCCUCUUUAUCUGCUGCAUUCAGAUAACCAUCAUGCCCCAUUCUAUGUUGAUGCUGGGUUUCUACCUGUCCUGCCUUUUGGUCCUGGCAAGUGUACUGUUCGUUUCCACCAUUUACUGCUGUGUCAAGCUCUUUCGUCGCCCUCUGCAACAUCUGUCAAAGAAGAUCGUCCAGUCGAAGUUGAACAGCACCAUUGUUGGGGUGUUUACCAUCUCCCUGGUAUUCCUGUCAGCAUUUGUUAAUAUGGUAGGUGGAGUCUGA